GAUAAAUCGCCCAUGACCGCCGGAGCUCCCGUCUCAGGAACUCGGACCCUCUGGCUCGGUGGACAUUUUGAACCCGCGCAGCAGCCUCCCGAAUCUGCCAACCCUUCUCUUCCUCACUGUCUCCAUCCACCAAUCUCAACUCACCCACCCGCCUUCUGUCAGCAAGUGAGCCACUCUCCCGACCGCCAUCUCGACGCCGCCGGUGCAAGAGCCAAGCCCCCGAAGCCUCGACCGACCGACAUAUCCGCCGCGCAGGCCAGAAAGAAAAAAAAGGACAGAGCGAAAACAGGCGAUUCGCCUCGCUGCCGUCAUGUGGAUCAUCAACUGGUUUUACGACGUCCUCUCUUCGCUUGGCCUGCUCAACAAGCACGCCAAGCUGCUCUUCCUCGGACUCGAUAAUGCCGGCAAGACCACGCUGCUGCACAUGCUAAAGAACGACCGUGUCGCAAUCCUUCAGCCCACCCUGCACCCAACUUCUGAGGAGCUUGCCAUCGGCAACGUCCGCUUCACCACCUUUGAUCUUGGUGGUCAUCAACAAGCCCGGCGCCUAUGGAAGGACUACUUCCCCGAGGUGAACGGCAUCGUCUUCCUCGUCGACGCCAAGGACCACGAUCGUUUCCCCGAGGCCAAGGCCGAGCUGGAUGCGCUACUGUCCAUGGAGGAGCUGGCCAAGGUGCCGUUUGUGAUUCUGGGCAACAAGAUCGACCACCCGGAGGCCAUCUCUGAGGAUGAGCUGAGGCACCAGCUCGGUCUGUUCCAGACCACGGGCAAGGGCAAGCAGCCCCUCGAGGGCAUCAGACCCAUUGAGGUCUUCAUGUGCUCCGUCGUCAUGAGGCAAGGAUACGGCGAGGGCAUCCGGUGGCUGUCCCAGUACGUCUAAAGGAUGAGCCGGUGGGCUAGAUACAGGUGCUGGGAGGUAGCAUACCGGUUGGCAGCGAUCGCGUAACCCCAACCUUCCUGUAGCCCAUGGAGCACAAUCCCGUUUGAUGCUCUGCCGUGUAUGCCACCACCUACAAAGCGUACCCAGUCAGGUGUCCAUUCCGCAGGUUGUGUUCCGCCGGAUCAGGGGGGAGUCUGUGGGUACUACAGGUGCAGACCUUGGAUUUUUUUGUUUUAUUUCAUGAUGACGAGAACAGAGAGAGAACUUGCUAUGCUGGCACGAUCAGAACAAUAUCUGUCCUUUUAUUAUCUCUUUAUUUGGUUUAGAGUAUGCCUUGCCCAUGUGUGUCGCUUGUCUCCCCAGCGCACUUUUGAUGGUAUCCUCCACAGUUCGACUCGUUUGGUAGGCAACAAGCACUGGAACU